UCAGUGGUUUACCAUCAUGGAGGCGUCGUUACAAAAAAUAUGAGCAAAUAAACGGCGUUUAAAAGACGUGAGAAGUAAAGAAACACGGAGGAGAAGAUGCAUAGCGACAAGAAGGAGGACACAUGGAGACCAGCUGACCUGAGAAAACACAUCAGGGAGGAAGGACAUGGCAAUGAUCACGUCAGAAGGCGAGAAGAUUCUGAGAGAAAGCGCCGCGGAGGGGAAUCAACAGAUCGACGGCACAGAGACCCAGAGAAGGAGCCAAAAGGAGAGAGAGACCAGCACCGGGAGAGAGAGAGCACAAGGGCAAGAGGAGAUCAGGGGGAAAAAGACAGAUAUGCAGAUCGACGUAAAGAGGGUUCACGGGAUAGGAGAGAAGAAAGGGAGAGGGAGAAGAGGAGGGAAAGAGAGAAGCUGGCAGAAGAAAAGAGGAAAGAUGAGAACAGAGAGAAGAGACGAGACAGAGAGGAGAAGCAUGACAGAGACAAGGAAAGAGUCAGAGACAAAGAGGAGAGAGCGGGACAAAACUACGAGGAAAGGGAGAAGAGGAGGGAGAGGAGGAGACUCAAGGAUGCAAGAGAAGGAGAGGAGACGUGUGAACAAGAGAAGAGAAAGCAACAUGAAGAGAGACAGAGACACAAAGAAGAACAUGAAGAGAGACAGAGACACAAAGAAGAACAUGAAGAGAGACAGAGACACAAAGAAGAACAUGAAGAGAGACGAGAGAAACACAGGAAGCGUUCAGAGCUGAAAGAGGCCAGAGAACCCAGAGAAGAGCACAGGAGACACCAAGAGGAGAGAGAAAGGAGACAAGGAGAGAGGAGACAUCAGGAUGAAAAGCGAAAGUACAACGGUGAAUCCAGGGAACAUGGAGGCCCGAGGGCGUCCGGUGAAGAGGUCAGGCAUCACGGCGGUGACAGAGAGCGAGCAGAACGGGACAAAGACAGAGAGAGACGACGGCAUCGAGAGAGAGCGGAGGAAGAAGAAGAACGGGAAAGAAAUCCUCACAGAGACAGGACCGAGAAAUCUGAGAAAACAGAGGUUCUCCAUGCAGACGAUCCGGCUGAGCAGGAAUAUGAAGACGACUUUGAGAAAGUGGAUUAUGAGGAGGACUUCGAGGAGAUGGACGAGAGUGCGAACGAAGAUGAGGUCGAGAAGGAGCCAGGGGGGGGCUCAGAGGAGGGGGAGGGGCUGACGGCUCAGAGGAGAAAAGAAAUAGAAGCGAUUCAGAGAGCGAUGGAUGAAGAGAACGAGAGAGUGGGAACAGCUCGGUCCAGAGGAAGUACGAGCAGAGAGGAGGAAGACGAGUCCAGAGGAUCGGAGAAGAACCAGAAAAAAGCGUCCCAACGCGGGAAGUUUAUCGACUUUGUGGCCGCUAAGCAACGUGAAGUCAGCAAGAAAGUCGCCACCGAACAGAAGAAACGCAGCACAGAGCUUCUGCGCCUCAUCGACCUGGACUCCUCCCUGACCGUCUCCCUGUUGGAUCUGCCCCCCGUCAAUGAAUACAACAUGUACAUCAGAAACUUUGGAACUGCAAACACCAAGCAGGCCUACGUUCAGUGUAAUGAAGAGAACGCAGACAGAGACAUCCAGACGGAGGAGAUCCAUGUGAGGGACAAGUGGACGCAGCAUCCUGCAGAUCACAGCGGGGCCUGUGGAGAUCCAAACGUCUCCCAGGAAGAGAAAACCAGGAAUGAGAUCAAGUACGAUUCACAGCGUCUGGCAGCUUUCCUCCACUCAGCCUCGCAGGUCGUGGUCGUUCUGCUGGAGGAGGAUCAAGCUGAGAAGAAGUCUCUGAGGAAGCUGGAGUCUCCGUCAGGCGCGCCGUCUUUCAGCGAUGGAAGUUUACAACUCAACACCAAGCUGUCUUUUCUUUACGGUCGUCACAUCAGCCUGCUGCACUUCUCUCAGGUUCAGAGGCACACGGUGAUGUCGGUCCACGACCCAACAACCGAGCCGAGCGCUGUCCGCCUCGACAGUUACACCAUCGUCUGCGUCUGGAACAUCAGAGAGCCGUUCAGACCUCAAAAAGUCCUCGUCUACGACUCACAGAUCCACUGCUGCUGCUUCAGCCCUGGAAAGGCCACACUGGUGUUUGCAGGCACCUCAGUGGGCUCUGUGGUGCUGUGGGACCUGAGGGAACACAUCAGGAUCCAUCCCUGUAUGAAGAUAGGAGAGGAGGAGUGGACUUUCAGACAGCCCACCUUCUCCACAGACGCCGUGUUGGCCGGCUCUGGACAUCUCUCAUCUGUGACGUCUGUAGAGGUCGUCCCCUCUGCUGCUGCUGCAGGGGGGGGGUCGAGGCCAGGAGUCCCCCUUCUGGCAUCUGAGGAAGAGUCCUCCGGGUCGUCCUUCCAGUUGGCGUCUCUGGAUGAAAGUGGGCUUUUAAACUUCUGGGUGGUAGUGGAACUCCCAAAAGCCAACGAGGCCGGCUCCCCAACAGACCUCGGGCUCAGGCCGGGGGGAAAAGUCAAGCUCCUUCACAGCUCCUCGCUCCUCACUGCUGAGAGGGUGUCCCCUCACGAUGCUUUGACCACAGGACCAUCACAGACUCAACAUUUAAAGUUCCUCCCCACAGACUGCAAUCAUUUCUUUAUCGGCACCAAUAUGGGUCUGGUCACUCAUGGAACAAGUCAUGGUCUGAAGGCUCCUCCAAAGUUCUACAGGUUUCAGGAGGCUGGACCCCGACCUGUUGAUGUCACCUCCAUCAGCUUUAAUCCCUUUGUGUCUCAUUUGUUCCUGGUGGGUUGCAGUGAUGGCAGCAUCAGGCUGCAUGCAGUGAGUCAUGAGCAGCCUGUGGCCCAGUGGACAGCAGGUGAAGCUGUGGUGUCGCUGCACUGGACCAAAACCAGACCAGCAGUCUUCUGUGCCCUGGACGGCGCCUCUAAGCUGCACAUCUGGGACCUGAUGAGCAGCGACUCUGAGCCUGUGGUGACGGAGAGGAUUCACAGUGACAGGGUGACGGCCGUGGCCACGUUUGGAGACUCGGGACAACACAACACAUACUCAGGAAUCGGGCUGGCACACGAGUCAGGGAAAAUAGAAAUGCUGUAUUUCUCCAGAAAGUUUACUGUUCCUGUGAUGGCAGAAGAGGAGAAGUUAGAAAGUGUGAUGGGCGACGCCUUCUGAAACUCUGCUGAUGUGACUUCUUCUUCUGGACGGAUGAACUUCAGACGAGCACAAAGAUCACACAUCGUAAAGUGAAGACACCUUUAAACCUGAGUGAACAUGUUUGCAUUGACAGCUCAGAGAGGACACCAAAGAUUCCCCACAGACAACCAGCUAACUUCAUGUGUUUCAUACAGAAAGUAAAAACAUGUAAAUAUUUCUACUGUUUGUCAAAGAUUUGUACCUGAUCAACACGUAUAGUUUUAUAUAAAAAUAAACUGGUUAUACCUCA